AUGCUUUUACAGAUUCCAAGUGGUACAGCAAAGAUAUUGAUGCUUGAAGUUGUCGAGAAAGUGUGUCGGGGUGUCGUGCUUCGUGAGGUUCCCGGAAUUAGCAAGUGCUAUCCAGCACAGAAAAUGACGGAUGGCGAAUACUUUAUAACGGAUGGUGUUAAUAUACCUGGUAUAGUGCGAGAUGAAAAGUCAAUUGUCGAAAUAAACAACAUUUAUACGAAUGAUAUCGCAGCAGUUUUGAGAUUUUAUGGCGUUGAAGCUGCAAGAGCUGUUAUCAUAAAAGAAAUAUCUAGUGUAUUUCAAAUGUAUGGUAUAGCCGUCGAUGCACGCCAUUUGACUUUGGUAGCUGACUAUAUGACUCACGAAGGCGGCUUCAAUUCCCAUAGUCGUACUGGAAUGGAAUCCAACACUUCACCAUUGCUGCAAAUGAGUUUCGAGAGAACAUGUUACUUCUUGACCCAAGCUGUUAUUCAUGGAUAUCGUGACCUUUACGGACACCCUCUGCUAGACUAG